AUGUGUAAAUUGGGAAAAGAAUAUGGUGUUGGGCGUGCUACUAUACACGAUCUUAAGAAGAAAAGGCAAAAGAUAGUAGACCACGUUAAGACAAUGGAAUCAGGGCCAGGAAAGCGUAAAACACUAAAAGUUGGCGAUUGUCCAAAGAUGGAAAACGCUCUUUACUUAUGGUUCAUACAUCGGCGUUCUAAACACACUCGUAUAUCUGGAGAAAUUCUGAAAGCCAAAGCAAUCGAAUUCUAUAAAAAAAUUACCCAAAAAGAUGAUUUUCGUGCGAGCGAUGGAUGGCUGGAUAAAUUUAAAAAACGAUUUGGUAUCCGUCUAUUAACCAUAUCGGGUGAAAAAUUAUCAAGCAACGAAUCUGCAGUACAGCCUUUUGUCGAGCAUUUUAAAAACAAAGUAGAAGAACUGGGUCUUCUUCCUGACCAAAUCUAUAACGCAGACGAGAGUGGUCUGUUCUGGAGACUGUUGCCCAAUAAAACGUUCGUAUCUGCUGAAGAAGCAAGUGCACCAGGUCGUAAAGUGAGUAAAGAUAGAAUCACAUUCAUGCCGUGUUCAAAUGCUACUGGAACACUGGAGUUUUCAAGAACAUUUGUCUGCCAGUCUGCUACAAGAAUGGUUUCAUAA